AUGUCGGAGAGAGGCAGCGGCAGAAGCGACAAGACAGAAGAUAAUUUAGAAGUGGGAGAAGCAGAAGUGGAACAGCGAAGAAAACCGUGCUCACCUCUUUGUCUUACUAUUACUGCUUUCGUUGCCUUUCUAAUGGUCUUGUCCUUCGUUGCAUAUUUGAUGAGAAGGACUAAUGUCGAUAUCUUCUCACAAAAAUCCACCGAUAUUCGGAACGAUCACAGAGGACUAACAAGCGGGAACACCGCUACCUCUAGAGCGCAAGAUGAUUCCUCAAAAACAGUUACAAACAGCGGCACAACCAACAAAAGGUCAACCGCAGAAGUAACUUCGCAUCAAAGUGUGACUGUAUCUUAUUUGGAAAAGUACCGUCUCCCUACAAAUCUGAAACCGGUGUCCUACAACCUUAUCAUCAAAAUCUAUCUGCCCUUCUAUGUUGACUAUCCUCCGGACAAGAAGCUAACAACAGAUGGAGAGGUGACUGUAGAUAUAUACGUGCUCGAAUCAACAAAUCUGAUUGUGCUGAACCAGAAUGGUCUUGCUCUGAUUCCAGAUAGAUGCGAGGCGCAUUCGAAUGAUGCACGUCUUUCUAUCAAGAAUAUGACAGUGGACAAUGAUCUUGAGAAGGUUACGUUCGUGCUAACAGAACCACUACAAGUCCACCAAAAGGUGAAGUUGAAGGUAUUUUACACAGGAGUUGUGGGCAACACAUUGGAUGGACUCUAUCAGAAUAUGUAUUCUGUCGCUGUCAAUAGCGGUUACAAGAUAGCAGCUGUUACACAAUUUGAGCCGGCACAUGCUCGGAAAAUGGUCCCUUGUUUUGAUGAACCAGAAUACAAGGCGGUAUGGAAUGUUACGGUCAUCCAUCCAAAUGGAACUGCAGCUAUUUCAAAUGGACUCGAAAUGAGUGAAACGAUGGAACCAAAUGGACGAUGGAAAGUGACAAAAUUUCAUUCCACACCUAUGAUGUCCUCAUAUCUCCUUGCUAUAUUUGUUUCUGAGUUCCAUUUUAGUGAAGCGUACACAAAAAGGGGAACGAGGAUCCGAGUAUGGUCAAGUCCGCUGGCUAACAAAGAACGGAUGGGGAACGCCCUAAAAAUGGCAGUAGCUUGCUACAAUUUGUUUGAAGAGUAUUUUGGUAUAAAUGAUGUUGUUGUGAAACAAGAUCUAGUUGCCGUUAAAAAUUUCUAUGGUGGAGCAAUGGAAAACUGGGGUUUGAUGACAUUCAGGGAUAAGCACUUACUGCAGUGGCGUCUUGAAAGAGUUAUGGUAUUCGUAGCCCAUGAGUUAGCUCAUCAGUGGUUUGGGAAUUUGGUUACAAUGAAAUAUUGGGAUGAUCUAUGGCUUAAGGAAGGCUUUGCUAGUUUUUUUGAGAAAACCUUGUAUCAAGAAAAAUUGCACGAAGAAGGCCUGAGAAUGAGCACUAUAGAGCUUGUGUCGGAUCUUUACAAAGGACUAACAGAAGAUUCUCUAGCCACAAGCCGUCCGCUCUCGUCUAUUAUUCAUACGCCUAUGGAAGUUCGAGAAAGUUUUGAUACAAUAACGUACAAAAAAGGAGCUGCAGUCAUAGCUAUGAUAAGAUCUGUCGUCGGAGGGAAAAUUUUCAGGAAAGCAAUUAAUCAUUUUCUUAAAAAGUUUUCGUUCAAAAAUGUUCGCCGAGACGAUCUUUGGCAAGCUUUCGACGAAGUUAUCGAGACGGUUCCGGGCCCCAAUAAUAAACGUUUGGACAUGCUGGAUUUUGGCAAUCAAUGGACAACGCAGAUGGGAUUUCCUCUUGUAACCGUAAGGACUUUCAAUUCCACUGCAGUGAUAAUAACACAGGAGAAGUACAUGCUGAAUACUUCAAACCUAGGAUUGGCCAAAUAUCGUUCACCACACUACGGGUACAAAUGGGAUGUGCCAAUUUGGUAUAGGAAAUUAAAAGGAGAACCACAAUUUGCAUGGCUGAAAAGAAAUGAACCGCUUUAUAUAAAAGUGGAUCCUACGGAGAAACCUGUUGUAUUGAACGUUUUCGCGAACGGCUACUAUAGACAGAAUUACGAAACUGAUGGUUGGCUGAAAAUUAAGCAACAUUUCACAGAAAAUCCGAAGGAGUUUUCCGAGCUGGAGAGAGUUGCUCUCAUCAAUGAUGCAUUCGCUGCGGCUCUCAUCGAUCGUUUAGAUUACGAGAUCCUUUUAGAUCUGGUUUAUUUCAGGGAGGAAGAGAAGAGUGGAGUGGUACUUCAAGCAGUCUCCAAUGGAUUGCAUAGUAUAAGGAUGUUAUUCUACGGUAGACAAGAACAAAAACUAAUUGAAUCUUAUAUGAGAAACGUCUUCGGAAACGGUGGCUAUAAGAAGCUUAUACAUUUUGUUGUGGAACCCACAGAACACAGAAAUGAGGAAAAUCUCUUUGAUAAAAGAAAAUCUAGGAAUAAAAUUGAACAAUUAAGGCUGAACAUGGAGGCGAAAUCAUCUUCUAGUCUCAAGGUUGCGUCCGCCAUAGUCGAAACAAUGUGUGAUGUUGGCGAAAAAAAUUGCAUCAAAACGUUCCGAUCACUUUUUGAAAAAGAGGUACUCAAUAAAUGUCGAAAAGGGGAAAAAGCAAGUAAAUGUGUCAGGAUCAAAAGCCAUCUUCGACGCCACGCUUACUGUACUGGAGUGAAGGCGUUGGGCACGGUAGCACUCCGAAAGGUCGAAGAUCUGCUUAAAGUUGAGGACAACCCCGAGGAAAGGAGAGCUCUUCGAAGUGGAGCUGCUUGCAAUGUGGACAGUGAUGUGAACCGUAUCAAACGACGUAUUCGUGACGUGAAACGUUAG